AUGUCGGGACACCCACAGCAGCCUCAGGGCCAGGCCGCUCAAGGCCAUUAUGAUGAAGGCUACGGUCAACAUCAACAAGGGAACACAGAUUCCUAUUACCAGGAUGAUCACGGACAACCAUACUACGACAACAAUGACGGAUAUGGAGACCAACAACACCCACCAGGACAACACCCACAAGGUGGUGAUGGAUAUUACGAUGAAUCGGGAUAUUACAAUGCGGACGCCAACAACCCGUACCAGCAAGAGGGUGGCUACUACGAGGGUCAAGAGCAUGGUGGUCAGGAUCAAGACGAAUAUUACAAUGACCAAUACUAUGACCAGGGAGCGCCUGCUGCUGGUCAGCAUCCGCAACCAAAGCGUCGAGGGGACUCGGAGGAAGAUUCCGAGACCUUCAGCGAUUUCACCAUGAGAUCCGACAUGGCUCGGGCCACCGACAUGGAUUACUAUGGACGCGGUGAUGAGCGUUACAACAGCUACAACGAGAGUCAAAUGGACGGGCGAGGUUAUAGACCUCCUUCAUCCCAGGUUUCUUAUGGUGGCAACCGGUCAUCUGGAGCAUCCACUCCAAACUAUGGUAUGGACUAUAACAACGUUCUUCCAGCCGGACAGCGAUCCCGCGAACCUUAUCCAGCAUGGACUUCCGAUGCACAAAUCCCGCUUUCCAAAGAGGAGGUAGAGGACAUUUUCCUCGAUUUGACCGCCAAAUUUGGAUUUCAACGGGACAGCAUGCGAAACAUGUACGAUCAUUUGAUGACUUUGUUGGACUCUCGUGCAUCCCGCAUGACACCAAAUCAAGCCCUAUUGUCUCUUCACGCCGAUUACAUUGGAGGAGACAAUGCGAACUACCGAAAAUGGUACUUUGCGGCUCAUCUCGAUCUCGAUGAUGCCGUCGGGUUUGCAAACAUGAAGCUCGGAAAAGGUUCUCGCAAGACUCGCAAGGCGCGAAAAGCAGCCAAGAAGAAGACCGAUACCGACCCACACAACGAGGCCCAAACGUUGGAAGAACUCGAAGGUGAUAACAGUUUAGAGGCUGCCGAGUACAGAUGGAAAACGCGCAUGAACCGCAUGUCUCAGCACGACCGAGUCCGUCAAAUUGCUCUUUAUCUCCUCUGCUGGGGUGAAGCCAAUCAGACUCGUUUCAUGCCAGAGUGUCUGUGCUUCAUCUUCAAGUGCGCCGAUGAUUACCUCAACUCGCCAGCUUGCCAGAAUCUGGUAGAGCCUGUGGAGGAAUUUACCUACCUGAAUCAAGUCAUCACACCUCUGUACCAGUACUGCAGAGACCAAGGAUACGAGAUUGACGAGGGCAAGUACGUUCGCCGUGAAAGAGAUCACAACAAGAUUAUCGGUUACGAUGAUUGCAACCAGCUUUUCUGGUAUCCGGAAGGAAUUGAAUUAAUUGUGAUGGAGGACAAGACCCGUCUCGUAGAUUUCCCACCAGCCGAGCGAUUCUUGAAGCUUAAGGACGUCAAAUGGAACAAGGUCUUUUUCAAGACCUACAAGGAGACCCGAUCCUGGUUCCAUAUGUUGGUCAACUUCAACCGAAUUUGGGUUAUCCACAUCACCGCAUACUGGUUCUAUACCGCUAAGAACUCCCCAACAAUUCUCGUCCGAGGCUACGAACAGCAAAGAAAUAACCUGCCUCCUGCCUCUGCACAAUGGUCAGCUGUCGCAUUGGGCGGCACUGUUGCAACUCUUAUCAUGAUCGCCGCCACACUCGCCGAAUGGUCCUAUGUUCCCCGCAGAUGGUCCGGCGCUCAGCAUCUCACUAAAAGACUGCUGUUCCUUAUCGUUGUUCUCGCUAUCAAUGCUGGACCCAGUGUUUACAUCUUCGUCAUCCCAGAUACACAGAAUGGCAAGAUUGCACUGAUCCUCGGUAUCGUACAGUUCUUGAUCGCCAUGGCUACAUUCCUUUUCUUUUCCGUCAUGCCACUUGGCGGGUUGUUUGGAAGCUACUUGACCAGAAACACUCGCCAAUAUGUCGCCAGUCAGACAUUCACGGCGAGCUACCCGCGGCUCAGUGGAAACGACAUGUGGAUGUCUUACGGUCUUUGGGUGGUUGUCUUUGGUGCAAAACUUGCAGAAUCCUACUUUGCCUUGACCUUGUCUUUCCGUGAUCCUAUUCGAAUCUUGGCCUCAAUGGAGAUUUCCACCUGCAUGGGCGACACAAUCCUCAAGAAAUAUCUUUGCCCCUACCAGCCAAAGAUUCUCUUGGGUCUGAUGUUCAUCACCGAUUUAUGUCUCUUCUUCCUAGACACAUUUUUGUGGUACAUUAUUAUGAAUACUGUGUACUCCGUCGCCAGAUCUUUCUACCUCGGAGUCUCCAUCUGGACUCCUUGGAGAAAUAUUUUCUCUCGCCUGCCAAAACGUAUCUACUCAAAGGUGCUGGCAACAACCGACAUGGAGAUCAAGUACAAGCCAAAGGUGCUCAUUUCCCAAAUUUGGAACGCUAUCGUCAUUUCCAUGUACAGAGAACAUCUCCUUGCAAUCGACCACGUCCAAAAACUUCUAUAUCAUCAGGUUCCUUCGGAACAGGAGGGUAAGAGAACGCUCAGGGCGCCAACAUUCUUCGUUUCUCAGGAAGAUCAUUCUUUCAAAACAGAGUUUUUCCCAGCCCAGAGCGAGGCUGAGCGACGUAUUUCUUUCUUCGCUCAGUCUUUGUCGACUCCUAUUCCAGAGCCUCUUCCGGUCGACAAUAUGCCAACCUUCACCGUCAUGAUUCCCCACUACAGCGAGAAGAUUCUUCUGUCCCUUCGAGAAAUUAUCCGCGAGGACGACCCUUACUCUCGUGUCACUCUUCUGGAAUAUCUUAAACAGCUUCACCCUCACGAAUGGGACUGCUUCGUCAAGGACACCAAAAUUCUUGCGGAUGAGACUUCCCAAUUCAACGGAGAUUACGAGAAGAAUGAAAAGGAUACGGCCAAGAGCAAGAUUGAUGAUCUUCCAUUCUACUGCAUCGGUUUCAAAUCUGCCGCGCCAGAAUAUACUCUUAGGACCCGGAUCUGGGCAUCUCUGCGAUCGCAAACUCUCUACCGUACUAUCUCUGGUUUCAUGAACUACAGUCGAGCCAUCAAGCUUCUUUACCGUGUAGAGAACCCCGAGGUCGUACAAAUGUUCGGUGGCAACUCUGAUAAGCUUGAACGUGAGUUGGAGCGAAUGGCCCGCCGCAAGUUCAAACUUGUUGUUUCCAUGCAACGUUAUGCCAAAUUCAAGAAGGAAGAGAUGGAAAACACCGAAUUCCUGCUCCGUGCUUAUCCCGAUCUCCAGAUUGCGUACUUGGAUGAAGAAGCUCCACUCGUUGAGGGUGAAGAACCUCGCCUCUAUUCUGCCCUCAUCGAUGGCCACUCUGAAAUCAUGGAGAACGGUAUGAGACGACCAAAGUUCCGUAUUCAGCUUUCCGGUAACCCAAUUCUUGGUGAUGGAAAAUCCGACAACCAGAAUCAUGCCAUCAUUUUCUACCGUGGUGAAUACAUUCAACUUAUUGAUGCCAAUCAAGACAACUACCUCGAAGAGUGUUUGAAGAUCCGAAGUGUCCUCGCUGAAUUCGAAGAAAUGACCACUGACAACGUCUCUCCAUAUACUCCCGGCGUCGACAACCCAAAGAUUGCUCCAGUGGCCAUUCUUGGUGCUCGUGAAUACAUUUUCUCCGAGAACAUUGGUAUCCUUGGUGAUAUUGCUGCUGGAAAGGAACAAACGUUCGGUACUCUCUUUGCUCGUACUCUUGCAACCAUUGGUGGAAAACUUCAUUAUGGACAUCCUGAUUUCUUGAACGGUACCUUCAUGACAACUCGUGGUGGUGUUUCAAAAGCUCAAAAGGGUCUCCAUCUCAACGAAGAUAUUUACGCCGGUAUGACUGCACUUCUCCGUGGCGGUCGCAUCAAGCACUGCGAGUACUACCAGUGUGGAAAGGGUCGUGAUCUUGGAUUUGGAUCUAUUUUGAACUUCACAACGAAAAUUGGAACCGGAAUGGGAGAGCAGAUGCUCUCUCGCGAGUACUACUACUUGGGCACCCAACUUCCUCUGGAUCGCUUCCUGUCCUUCUACUACGCUCAUCCUGGUUUCCAUUUGAACAACAUGUUCAUUAUGUUGUCUGUGCAGAUGUUCAUGAUCUGCUUGAUCAAUCUUGGUGCUCUUCGCAACCAGACCAUCAUUUGCAAGUACAACCCAGACGUGCCAAUCACGGAUUCGCUUUUCCCUACCGGAUGUGCCAACAUUACACCUAUCACCGAUUGGGUUUGGCGUUGUAUUAUUUCCAUCAUGACCGUCUUCGUCGUAUCUUUCGUCCCACUGGUGGUACAAGAGUUGACUGAGCGUGGAUUCUGGCGCGCUGCUACUCGUCUUGGAAAGCAGUUCUGUUCUUUGUCGCCUUUCUUCGAAGUUUUUGUCUGCCAAAUCUACGCCAACUCGGUUCAGCAGGAUCUAUCAUUCGGUGGUGCUAGAUAUAUCGGUACAGGUCGUGGCUUCGCCACUGCUCGUAUUCCAUUCGGUGUCUUGUACUCUCGAUUUGCGGGUCCAUCCAUUUACCUGGGUGCUCGUUCUCUGAUGAUGUUGUUGUUUGCAACCCUCACCAUCUGGCAACCAGCCUUGGUCUACUUCUGGAUCACGUUGUUAGCCAUGUGCACAUCGCCAUUCAUCUACAAUCCUCAUCAGUUCGCAUGGAAUGACUUCUUCAUUGAUUAUCGUGAUUUCUUGAGAUGGCUAUCUCGUGGAAAUUCCCGCUCUCACUCGUCCUCAUGGAUUGCAUACUGCCGUCUGUCCCGUACAAGAGUCACAGGUUAUAAGCGCAAAAUCUUGGGAGAUCCAUCCUCGAAGAUGUCUGGUGACGUUCCCCGGGCUUCAUUCUCGAACCUCUUUUUCGCCGAGAUCGUUGGUCCUCUUUUGAUCGUCGCCGUCACCUUGAUUCCUUACCUUUUCAUCAAUGCACAAACCGGCGUCACUCAGGAACACAACCCAGAUGCUGACCUGAAGCCAACUGCUGCUCUCAUUCGUGUUGGGAUCGUUGCGUUUGCCCCAAUUGCCGUCAACGCUGGUGUCCUUCUUGGCAUGUUCGGAAUGGCAUGCUGUAUGGGACCUGUUCUCAGCAUGUGCUGUAAGAAGUUCGGUUCCGUCCUCGCAGCUAUCGCCCAUGCUACUUCCGUCAUCAUGCUCCUUGUAUCCUUUGAGAUCAUGUUCUUCUUGGAAGGAUUCGUCUUUGCUAAGGCUCUCCUCGGAAUGAUCGCUGCGACAGCCAUUCAGAGAUUUAUCUACAAGCUGAUCAUCGGUCUGGCUUUGACCAGAGAGAUGAAGACUGACACCUCCAACAUUGCAUUCUGGACCGGAAAGUGGUACUCUAUGGGAUGGCACUCCGUCUCCCAACCAGCUCGUGAAUUCCUUUGCAAGAUCACGGAACUUGGAAUGUUCGCUGGUGAUUUCGUCCUUGGGCAUGUGUUGUUGUUCCUGAUGUUGCCUGUCAUUGCUAUUCCAAAGGUGGAUGUUGCUCACUCCGUCAUGCUCUUCUGGCUCCGUCCUAGUCGACAAAUUCGUCCUCCAAUUUAUUCCAUGAAGCAAUCUAGACUUCGUAAGAGACGUGUCUGGCGCUUCGCCAUCCUAUACUUUGUCCUCCUCAUUGUUGGACUCGCGUUAAUCGUGGGCCCGAUCGUAGCGGGCAAGAAGGUGUUGAGCGACAGCUUGAUCAAAAGCAUCCCAAUGGAUCUGUAUCAACCCAACAACCUCAACAACAACGACACACGUGGCCGAAACGAGACGGGAACUGGCGCUGCCGCUUCAGGUGGUGCUGCGCAGACCUCUGCCGGCUCUAAUGCUAAGGUUCGAUUAUUUUAA